AUGCUUCACUGUAGGGAUGGUAUUGACCAGGUGGUGAGCGGUGCCUGGUUUCCUCCAGACAUGAUGCUUGGCAUUCAGGCCAGAGAGUUCGAUCUUUGUUUCAUCAGACCAGAGAGCUUUGUUUCUCGUGGUCUGAGAGUCCUUCAGUGUCUCCCCCCCACCCCCACCAUACAGCUGUAUGGUGAGUACAGGGAGCAGCUGGGGAGCUUUGCCCAACGGGAGGAUGCUCGUUUGCUGACAGAGAGACAAUGGAGGAGACAGGCAGGAGACCAGGCCACAGCCACCGGACACAAAGGUCAUGGCCAAUGGCAUCAUCAUCACUGUCAUCGCUCUGUGACCUUGGAGUCACAUCACAGCCGUGUUUCUUCUUGCAACAAGCCCCAUCCCUACUCCAAAUGUGAAGAUUGUUUGGCUCGUGUGCGGCAGUACAUGGUGAACAAGAUGGGGGAGGACUGGAUAUAUCUGGUUCUUCUGGGACUGACUAUGGCUCUUGUCAGCUGGAGUAUGGACUAUGCCAGUGCCAAGAGCUUGCAAGCCUAUAAGUGGAUGCAUGGGGAGCUUGAGGGCAAUGUGCCACUCCAGUACCUUGCCUGGGUUACAUAUCCCAUGAUCCUUGUCAUGUUUGCCUCACUCUUCUGUCACCUGAUUUCCCCACAGGCCACGGGUUCUGGUAUCCCUGAGCUGAAAACUAUUCUUAGGGGUGUCGUCCUGAAGGAGUAUCUGACACUCAAAGCCUUCAUAGCUAAAGUCAUUGGCCUGACUGCUGCCCUGGGCAGUGGGAUGCCAGUGGGCAAAGAGGGUCCAUUUGUCCACAUCGCCAGUAUUUGUGCUGCAGUGCUGAGUCGAUUUAUGUCCAUCUUCUCCGGAGUCUAUGAGAACCCUUAUGGUUACACAGAUACUCUGACUGUUGGCUGUGCCGUGGGGGUGGGAUGCUGUUUCGGCACUCCACUAGGAGGGGUGUUGUUCAGUAUUGAGGUCACGUCUACCUACUUUGCGGUGAGAAAUUACUGGCGGGGAUAUUUUGCCGCCACGUUCAGUGCCUUCAUAUUCAGGGUGCUCUCUGUUUGGAACAAGGAUGCUGUCACAAUCACAGCUCUCUUCAAAACUAACUUCCGGAUGGAUUUUCCCUUUGACCUGCAGGAGCUGCCUGCAUUUGCAGUGAUAGGGAUCUCAUGCGGCUUCCUGGGGGCGUUUUUUGUCUACCUGAACAGACAGGUGGUUCUCUUCAUGAGAAGGCCGACAAUGCUUACAAGCUUCCUGACCAAACAUCGACUGAUCUAUCCAGGUGCAGUGACUCUGAUCAUCGCCACCUUCACUUUUCCUCCUGGAUUCGGACAGUUUAUGGCUGGAGAGCUGAUGCCCAGGGAGUGUAUUAACUCCCUCUUUGAUAAUUUCACCUGGACCAAACUCUCAGGAUCUGCUGCUCCGCCCAGCCUAGGUCGCUCAUCUGCAUGGCUCCAUCCUCAUGUUAGCAUCUUUGUCAUCCUCCUCCUCUUCUUCAUCAUGAAGUUCUGGAUGUCAGCAGUUUCCACCACAAUGCCCAUCCCCUCCGGUGCUUUUAUGCCAGUGUUCAUACUGGGAGCUUCUUUUGGUCGCCUCAUAGGGGAGAUCAUGGCUACUCUUUUCCCAAAUGGAAUCCUGUUUGACGGGAUAGUCUACCGCAUCCUGCCCGGGGGUUACGCCGUUAUUGGUGCCGCAGCGAUGACUGGAGCUGUCACACAUACGGUUUCUACAGCAGUAAUCUGCUUCGAGCUGAUUGGUCAAAUUUCCCACAUCUUACCCAUGAUGGUGGCAGUCAUCCUAGCAAACAUGGUGGCCCAGGGUCUCCAGCCUUCUCUCUACGACUCCAUCAUCCAGGUGAAGAAGCUGCCAUACCUGCCUGAGCUGACCCUUGGGCACAUCAGCAAGUAUAACAUCUUUGUGGAGGACAUCAUGGUGCGCAAAGUGAAGUUCUUGUCUUCUCACUCUACCUUUCGGGAAUUAAACCAUCUGCUAGAAACCACAACUCUAAAAACCAUCCCCCUUGUCGACUCUAAAGAAUCCAUGAUUCUUCUGGGCACCAUUGAGAGGACAGAGCUUCAAGCUGUCUUUGACUGGUGGCUCUCCCCAGAGAGGCGAGUCUUUGAAAGAGGUCAGAGUUCACCAGGCCAGGAGUCUAAAGGCAGCUGGGAGUCCUUCACCUUUGUUGCAGAGGAGGGCAGAGAGGAGAGUAUCGACAAGACUGCUCCAGCACAGGAAGAAUAUAAUGGGCCCACCCCGUCCCCCAAACCUCAGGAGCUUUCCACCAACCACACAGACUCAGACAAGCGCAAGCUGCCAUCUGUCAGGAGGACCUUUAGGAGACUCUUCUCCUCCACGUCUUUGUCAAGCCAAACUGAAGCUCAGGAGACCACAGCCCCACCGCUGAGUGACACUAUGUCCCCAGAGGAGAUGGUGCAGAUCAAAGCCUGGGAGGAGGCAGAGCUGGACAAACCGAUCGAUAUGGAGCAGAUACGUAUAGAUCCCUCCCCAUUUCAGCUGGUGGAAAGAACAUCAUUGCACAAGACCCAUACUUUGUUCUCUCUGCUGGGUCUCAGUCAUGCCUAUGUCACCAGUAUUGGAAAACUGGUGGGUGUUGUGGCGCUGAAAGAGCUACAGAAGGCUAUAGAGGGCUCAACUCGCAGCGGGGUGAGACUUCGUCCUCCUCUGGCCAGUUUUAGUGAUGCCAGCAGGAACAGUAAGAAGCACCAGCCUUCCUCAUCCACCCCUUCCUCUCCCACUCGGGACAGAGACCUGUGGGGGGAGGGGAAAAGGAGUGGAGGGGAGCUGGACCUGGAGUCCAAAGAGGAUUCCAGGGCAAAGACAUCAUCUCCAAGAGGAGCUCCUGAGUGUGACACUGCUCCCUCUUCCCCCAGCAACAUGGAGAGCAUUAGUGGCAGCACGGCCACCACAAGAGGAGCUGAUGGUGCCCCACAGGACCCAGCAUCCCCUUCUACCUUAUCCUGUCCUUUGGCUUCACCUCCUGCCUCCCCUAUGUCACUCACCAUCCCCAUCCUCACACUCUCCUCCCUGCAGAAGGAGAGAGAGGGGGAGGUGUCAGAUGAGCCCAUAUAA